GUCAUAUUUUUCACCUGGAAAAGCGGGAACAUCCGCGUGUCCUCCUGGCUUGUUAUCCUGCUAGCAAUUAGAGAAGAUUCACUAGCAGUAGACUUCGGCCAAUCGUGGUUGGAUUGGGUGGGGUUAGGCAGGAUGGGGGGAGUCAGAUGAUUGGUUGUUCUUCCGCCUCGCUAUUGGCGGUGGUCUUCAUCAAAAGGGUGUGGCGUCGUAGCUUGAGGAAGGUGACGUCAAUGGAGCUGUUCAAAGUGUGGUGGUGCUGGAGAAGAAAUCCAUGCAGUCCGUCGGGAGAAGCGCAGCGCCUGCACGGUGGUCUGUUCGAAAAUUUCCAGAGCACUGAGCGAAGCACCACUCACUGCUUUUGAUGUAGAGGGAAGAGGAACAAGUGUCCCACCUGUUUGUAAACCACGCCAUUGAAACUGUUUCGGGUUCGAGUGGGGAUGGCAGGUCCCGGAGUGCUGUAAGUCCCGCAGCCCAGAGGGAAAUGGGAUAUCCCCCACCCGAGGAGUAGUCACUCUCACCUGGCCAUGUCCCACAGCAGGAGACUGUAAUACCUCAUUCCCCCCACCAGAGGGCCUGCCCGGGGCAGGGAGAGCAGAGACCCCUCUGGACCCCGCCCGCGUGGUGGCGCCGUGGCCGUGCCUACAGGGGGCGCCAGAGGGAACCAUGUAGCGGGCCUCUCUCCGGGCGAGGGGGGGCGGGCAGAUUUGUCUCUUUUCUUUCUUUUUUUUUCCCUGUCAUCGUUGCCGCGGCAGCCGAGCGCCGCGUUCCGGCCGAGCCCAAGAUGGCGCUGCACGCGGCCCCGUUCUCCAGCCCCCUGCUGGGCUUCCUGAGCGGCCUGUCCUGGGCGCUGGUGUUCCCCUGCUACUGGCUGCUGGACCGGCUGCUGGCGUCCUUCCUGAGCACGUCGCAGGAGAAGCGGCGGCGCUCCCAGGACCCCUGCUCCUUCCUGGCGCUGUGCGUGCUGGUCUCCACGCCGCUCUACCUGCUGCUCAUCCUGGCCGCCCUGCCGCUCGCCCUGCUGGGCUUCCUGCUGUGGGCCCCGCUGCAGGCCGCCCGCCGGCCCUACGCCUACAGCCACCGGCGGGCCGACGCCCGGCGCGCCGAGCAGGGCGGAGGAGGAGGCGGGGCGGCGGCGGCGGGGGCGCAGGGGGAGUGGCGCCCGCAGGGGCGGAGCUUCUGCUUCUGCAGCGCCAACGUGUGCCUGCUGCCCGACUCGCUGGCGCGCUUCAACAACCUGUCGGACACGCAGGGGCGGGCCCGCGAGGUGGGCCGGCGAAUCCGCAACGGCGCCAGCCGCCCGCAGAUCAAGAUCUACAUCGACUCGCCCACCAACACGUCCAUCAGCGCCGCCUCCUUCAGCAGCCUGGUGCAGCCGGGCGGGGGGGGCUUCCGCCGCACCUCCUCCCUGGACCACCGCCCCGACAGCAACGGGGAGGCCGAGCCGCGGGAGGGAGGGGGCGGGCCCGGGCCCGGCGGUGGCGAGGAGUGCCCACCCCCGGCGGACUGUCCCACCAACCCCGCGGCGGGGGGAGGGGCGCAGACGCAGCCCGAGCCCCCCCUCCAGCCGGCGGGGGUCCAGAUCAGCAUCAGCGCCCCGGAGCCGGAACCCGAGGAGGACCCGACCGGGCCCCGCCCGACGGGGGGCGAGGGGGCCGACGCGGGGAGCCUGGACAGCCGCACCGCCUCGCGGGAGUCGCUGGCCCGUUUCCACGGCUGCGACGGCGGGGGCGUGUCCAACAACACCCUCUCCCACCGCACCUCCGUGUUCAAGAAGCCCGCCCUGCGCAGGCGUCGCCACGGCGACGACGGCUUCGACCACGAGAUCUCGGCCUUCUUCCCCGCCAACCUGGACUUCCUGUGCCUGCAGGAGGUGUUUGACCGGCGGGCGGCCGCCAGGCUGAGGCGGCAGCUCCACCGCUACUUCCCCUUCGUCCUGAGCGACGUGGGCCGCUACGCCUGGAAGGGGUGCUGCUCCCGCUUCAAGUUCCUCAACAGCGGCCUGCUGCUGGCCAGCCGGUACCCCAUCCUGGACGCGGACUACCAGUGUUACCCCAACGCGCGCGGCCACGACGCCUUGGUCUCCAAGGGGGCGCUCUUCGCCAAGGUACAGGUGGGCACUUCUCUUCAGGAGCAGAGGAUUGUGGGAUACCUCACCUGCACUCACCUCCAUGCCAUUGAAGGAGAUUCGGCGGUGCGCUGCGAACAGCUGGACCUGCUGCUGGAGUGGGGGGCGGAGUUUCGGAGAGCGACCUCGCGCCCCGCCGGGGACAAAGGCCUGGAGGACCAGGUGGCCUUCGACGUCCUCCUGGGGGACCUGAAUUUCGACAACUGCUCCUCAGAGGAUAAGCUGGAGCAGCAGCAUGUUCUCUUCACUCAUUAUAAGGACCCGUGCCGCAUGGGACCCGGAGAAGACAAGCCCUGGGCCCUGGGUACGCUGCUGGACCCCAGCGGCCUCUACGACGAGGAGGUCAGCUCUCCAGAGAGCCUGCAGAAGGUGAUGGAGAACGAGGAGGGGAGGAAGGAGUACCUGGUGUACCCCACCAGUAAAAACCAGUGCUCCAGCCUGAAGGGUCGGAAGAUACCACUCAAGGGAAACGGCAGGAGGAUCGAUUACAUCCUGUACAGCGAAGAGGGGCUGCAGCAGGACUGGAAAGUGGACGUGGAGGAGUUCAGCUUCAUCACGCAGCUGGCGGGACUCACGGACCACCUGCCCGUCGCCGUGCGCCUCGCCGUCGCCACUGGGGAGGAGGAGCCGUAGUCAGAGGCCACGGCCACCCCCCGACCCCCCUCCCACAAUGCCACGGAAAAAGAGCGAGAGAGAGAAAGAAAGAGGGAGAGGGCAGAGAAGUGGAGUUUUUCUUCGUUUUUCUCUGGCACCCCGCAGACGUUUUUGGAAACUGAAUCCGGUUCCACGUCUUCAUUCCAGCCGGCUGCCUGGAAACACCUCGCGGAUCUGCCCUCUACCCCCCCCUACCCCCCCACC